AUGCAGACCCCUAUUCUCAAAGCUCUUCCUGCGACCAUCGUGGCGACGGCCAAAGGUUCUUGGGCACUGCCUGUACGAGCCAUUCACUCAACCCCUAGUCGUCGCCAUGGGGCCGGCUCUGUGCCUGGGGGCAAGCCUUCCGAUGACUUCGUCACGGAACACGACAAUGAGCCCGAGCUGCAACCUGCCACCGGGACCACCGGUGGUCGUCCGAGAAACCAUACAGGUAGUGCUCUGAAGAGCCGCCUGGCUCGACGACGAGCAGCCUCCGCUCUGCCGCCAGUCACCCUGCCGUCCGAGUUCCUCCAUAACAACGUAUCCCUGUACGCCGUCGAGAGACUACCCCGGCUGCCGGCGGCGCUUGUUGAAGAUGCCACCCGCGACAAGCUGUCGCGACUUUUCCAAGGCCAUACCUCCCUGUCGAGACAGAACCACCGAGACAUGCAGUCAUAUUUCGAGACUGCUCUGACUUCCUUGCUUCUAAGAGAUUGCGAACUCGCAAUGGACUUUGAGCGCUCCAAAGCCCACGACAAUGACCACCGCUGGAACAAGCCUGCCUCAAUUCAGUCCGUCAUUCGAGUUUGGGACAUGAUCCUCGAUUCCGCCUGGCACGUGGUCGAUUGUAUCUAUCCAGCGAGACAGCCCGAUUAUACGUACAAAGUGCGGCCCUUCUGGUGGUGGGAUAUAUACAAAGACCUUGAUCGCCGCACCUCGAACUUUCGGGACCAACUUCUUGCCCUCACCGUUGCCCUAGACGAACAGCUCAGUCAUGCCGAACAGCUUGCCUACCCCUUAUCUCAUGCCGUUGUCGAUCUACCAGUAGAUACUCUCAUGUCUAUACAGAACGCAGUCAACCGCGAUCUGCAAGCACCACCACCAGCAGUUUUCGAUCCAAAAUCUAGCAAGCGCCCCAUAACUAUUCUUUCCACGUCUGGAUAUGGUGGCAAGUCUAUAUCCCAAGCUGUGGGGGAGCACCUGGCUUUCUGGAAUCAUGCAGACUUGAUUCACUUGGAUGCGCAAGAUCUCUCAGUGCUUGUAGGUGAUUACUUGGGGCUGAACUGGGCGUACUCUCGCGGCGCGGUUUCCAUGAUGGGCUUUCGUGCUUCUGAAAUAAACGGCAAGCUUGUGAAAGAGCCUAGCGGUGCCUCUGUCUUGAACGAGGAGGAAGACCAUGAUACGGAGGCCGGCAUCAUCGGACUGCGGGCAUCUACCGGCUCCCUUGACGAUGAGCUCCAAAAGAUCAGACAGGGCGAAUACGAUUGCUUCAGUAAAUGGGAGAAUCUUAAAAUUGAUAAGAUUUUGGACCAUAUUAUUCGAGCUCCGGAGCUGAAGGCCGUUUCUCCCCAAACCUCGCAGCGACCACUUCUUAUUCAUCUUCACGACAUUGUUGAAUUAAGCAUGACCUUGGAGGGAUCACUGUUGCUUGGCAGGCUGAGAGCGCUGGUAGACACGGCUUGGCAUCAGGGAACAAAGAUUGCCAUCGUAGGAACGUCUUCUUCCGAAAAGCCUUCUGAGGAAUAUCAGAACGCAGUCAGCCAAUUUGCGGCCACCGACUGGGUCAUUACGCGGCAUCUUGAGCCAGACCGAGUUGACAGACGGACAUGGGCAAAGACGAGUCCUGGGCAGGCCCGUUUCAGUCUCCAAAAAGCCGACUAUUUUACGGAGAAUAUAUGCAACAUAAAUCGCAUGCUCAGAGCACUGAGCCCCGAUGGCUCACCAGUGGUGGAAAUUUCAAAUGAGAACAUCAUGGCGUACCUCCAUUCUGGGAACCCCAAGUUUUCCCUUCUACGAGAUUCCAUUUUGCCUAUUCCUGAGGUGUAUCAUCUUGCCAGCUCCUUCAGGGCGCUUGAAGACCAAGACCCAGGGACUGGCCCUGUCGGAUUCUUGGAACGAUGUACAAUGGGCCCGCUUCGACAGCAACCUGGCCAACGCUUCCUUGACAAAGAAGACAACGAGAUGGACAACGAAGUGGACACACACCAUCAGAGCCGCGAAGAGACCAAGUCUGAUGGACGAAUGGGGAUGAUGAAGUUAAAUGAGUACGAAAAGCGCAUCUCUUCCGGGCAAAUAAAUCGGGAAAAUCUUUGCACAACCUUCGAAGAUGUUCAUGCGCCACAGGAGACCAUAUCUGCUCUUAAACUGCUCACGUCACUAGCCCUUGUACGUCCUGAUGCUUUUGCUUACGGCGUGCUAGCCCAGGACAGAAUUCCAGGUUGUUUGUUGUAUGGGCCACCUGGAACUGGCAAGACGAUGCUUGCAAAAGCCGUGGCAAAGGAGAGCGGUGCCAAUAUGCUUGAAAUAAGUGGCGCGACCAUCAACGACAAAUGGGUGGGAGAGAGUGAGAAGCUGAUUCGCGCGGUCUUCACCUUGGCUAAAAAGUUGGAGCCAUGCGUCGUAUUUAUUGAUGAAGCCGAUUCUCUGCUUGCAAAUCGCAGCAUGUUUAGCAAUAGAGCCUCACAUCGUGAGCACAUCAACCAGUUUUUGAAGGAGUGGGAUGGUAUGGAAGAGACGAACGCUUUUAUCAUGGUGGCCACGAAUCGACCCUUUGAUCUUGACGACGCUGUGCUCCGGAGGUUGCCUCGCAAGAUCCUCAUGGAUCUGCCGCUGAAAGCGGACCGCGCAGCCAUCUUGCGUCUGCUCCUGAGAGACGAGUCAUUGGACAGUUCCGUCUCACUAGACGAUCUGGCGCAGAAAACUGCAUACUACUCAGGUUCCGACCUAAAGAACGUUUGUGUCGCAGCUGCCAUGGCCGCAGUAGAGGAGGAGAACGAGGCGGCCGCCAAACACGAAGGCCCUGAGCCAUACCAAUACUCGGAGCGCCGUGUCUUGCGCCAUGUUCAUUUUGAAAAUGCCGUGAAGCAAAUACCUGCAAGCAUCAGCGAGGAUAUGACAUCGCUGAAGCUGAUACGCCGGUUUGAUGAUGAGUAUGGAAAUGGACGAAGGCAGAAAAAGAAGGCGUCCAUGGGAUUCGGGGUCCUUGACAACAAGGGCUAUGCUAACGGAGGCGAGGCGAGAAUCCGUUCUCCAAUCUCCGUGGAGUGA